AAAUAGUGAGACUGCUGGCUGAGAGAGAGACUGCUGGAGGAGAGACUGGAUUAUGGCACCAAAGAAACUAAUUCUAUUGAAUGCAAAGGAACCUGAAGCACAAAGAACUAACAUGCAAUCCCAUGGGCAAGGUGAUCCGACAUGUUUUGGCAAUGAGCCAGUGCGAGACACACCAAGUGUGCGCGACAGACCAAGUGUGCGCGACAGACCAAGUGGACAUCAACAUCAAACAGCAGAUAAUCGAAUCAACUGAGUGGUGUAGGUGUGGCAAUUGUGUGCCCAUGAAAACUGUGGAGGAAUCCUCUUGUUGCAUGGAAGUAUCAUCUGUGGAAAAGAAAUAUCUACAACAUGGGUGCAUCUGCCAUAGCAGGAAAUUUUACCUGAGGUGUUUACGUAAAUCCCACCUGGAAUACUUGCAAAUAUUUUGGAACAUGCAACGCCCCACAGGUGGAAUAAGCAGCAACAACAGGCAAGUUCAUCUGACUUUUACCUAUAGAUUGAGGAUUAUGGGAAUCAUUUCGGUGUGUUUUCCUUAUGUCAAGCAGAAAGAAUCCCAAGGCACACAGGAUAAAUGCAAGCAAGCUGCCUUGCGUGUUUUUUGCGAAGUGCAACGUUUCGUAGUCACGCCCCUUUCUCAAGCAUGCAUGAGAAAGGGGCGUCCCGAAAAGUUGCACUUCGCAAUAAACCUUGGGAUUCUUUCUGCUAGAUUGUUUGUGAGGCGAGGCGGCCCAUCCUCUACCUUUGUGCACCGGGUGUGCGGGAGCCAAAGUUGAACUUCCUUAUGUGAAGAACAUGUGUUCUAGACAAAACUGCUUUGUAAAUGACACAAUUGGUCAUGGUUUUUUUUAUCCACUUUAGCUCCAACAACGGUUUGCUUCAUAAAGUCCUGCCAGUGUUAGCCCUAUAUAAAAUAAUGUCACAUGACCUAUCCCCUUGGCGUGUGAUGACUAGUGCAGAGAAACAUUUUUGUACAGAUCACUAAUCCUCUCUUUCUUCUACAGAAAAUUACGACAGACUUCCUAUUGGUCAUUCAUCGCCUGGAUUUAUGGCUUCUUAGGGCCCAAGAAACGUGUGCCUAUUCCAGCCUGUGUCGUUCAAAAAGUCCGCAGCACUUAUCCAGACCCCAAAGGCCAGUACAGAGGAUUUCUACAGGCAUUUGACUAUAAUGCUUUUGAUAUGGCUCUGGACUGAUGACUUUUGUGAUUGUUUAUUUGUCAUUGAUGUUUGAAUUUGUAGUAUUUAUUAUUCUUUAUGAUUUUUUUUCAAUAAAAAACGUACAAACAUUA